AUGUCCACCAUCGCCAAUGGAGCCAGCAACGGCUCGCCAGCUGGCGCUCAGCCACCAGCGCUCAGCGCACAAGCACAACAGAUGUUGACCGGCAUGACCAAAGAGCGACUACACAGCAUGAUUGCUCGCAUGCAGCAGCUCAAGGCCAGCGGCGUCAACGAGUCCACCAGCCAGGAGUACGCCACACUCGUCAAUACGCUCAAAAUGUUCCAGCAGUACCAAGCCAUGCGUCAGCAGCAGGCCGUCGCCAUGCAGGCCCGAGCUGCCCAACAGCAGUCUGCCCCUCCCACCCCCACCACAGCAGCUCCAUCCGCACCGUCACCAUCGCAGCCUGCCAAUGCCUCAACGCCAGCAGCCGAUGCAUCCAACCCUUCGUCCUCCACCAACGGCAUCGUUAAAACCGAAGAAGAGAUCACACGCUCCUUGAGUCCGGCCAACCUCACGCCAGACCAGCUCAAUGCGCUCAAGACUCAGAUCAUCGCCUUUAAGCUCAUCUCGCGCAACCAGCCUUUGCCAUCGCAUCUACAGGACGCCAUCUUGGCUGCAGACCGCGAGUCAGAGGCUCAGGACGCCAAGAAGGGCGAGUCGCUUGCAAGCGCAACACAGAUCGCUGCCGCAGCCGUAGCGUCCUCCGACAAGGAAGCUUCUGACGAUGCAGAUAAAACAAGCUCCUCCAAGGAUGGCACUACUGCUUCAACUUCCGCCUCGUCUGAAAAAAUCGCCGAGAUCCCCAGGCCACCGAGUCCAAAGGACGAGCCAAGCAGCUUGGUCUAUCCGUACAAUGCCUACGUGCACCCCUUCUCGUACAUCUCCAAGCCUCUGCUUGAGGACGACGACUACACAGCAACCAAGCAGCAGCGCCUUUUGAUACCCAGCCUCAUGCCAGCCGGUCUCGAACCCAGACUUUUGCUGGAAGAGCGCGAUCGCUUCGUCCAGGCUCGCAUUCGCCAGCGCAUCCGCGAGCUCGAGUCCUUUCCCGCCGACAUGUCUCAGAACCCCACCAUGGCCAGCCUUAAAGGCAAGGAGAAUGCGCACGAUCUCACCUCUCAGCUCCACGGCACCCACCUGCAAGGCGACAAUGCCAAGCUCAAGGCGCUCAUUGAGCUCAAGUCGCUCCACCUCCUUGAUAAGCAGAAGCAGCUUCGCGAGCAAGUCGUCCAGAGUCUCAACCUCGCCACUACGCUUGGUCUCGACCGUGUCGCUUUCCGUCGCGUCAAGAAGCAGACGCUGCGCGACGCUCGCAUGACCGAGCAGCUCGAACGCAAGCAGCGUGUCGAACGAGAGAAGCGCGCUAGACAGAAGCACAUCGACUACCUCAGCACAAUCUGCAACCACGGUCGCGACCUCAUUGCAGCUCAUGGCAAGGCGCAAGACCAAGCGCGCAGGUUUGGCCGCGCCAUGCUCAAGUUCCACGCCGAUUCGGAGAGGGAAGAGCAGAAGCGAGUCGAGAGGAUCGCCAAGGAGCGUCUCAAUGCGCUCAAGGCCGACGACGAGGAAGCCUACCUCAAGCUCAUCGACACCGCCAAGGAUACUCGUAUCACCCAUCUCUUGCGACAGACCGACGCCUACCUCGACAGCUUGGCUCAGGCCGUCCAGGCGCAGCAGAACGACGAUGUCCAUGCCGAUGCCAUUGCAGCCGAGCGUAUCAUCGAAGACACGUCCAACCAGGAGAUCGGCGUCGCCGUCGACGAAACCAUGUUUGGCGCCACUCGUCAGGACGACCCGAGCGAGGACCGUGGCAAGGUCGACUACUACUCCGUGGCGCACCGCAUCACGGAGCGUAUUACGCAGCAGCCCACGCUCCUGAGCGGAGGUACCUUAAAGGAGUACCAGAUGAAGGGUCUGCAGUGGAUGAUCUCGCUCUACAACAACAGGCUCAACGGUAUCUUGGCCGACGAAAUGGGUCUCGGCAAAACAAUUCAGACCAUUUCGCUCAUCACAUACUUGAUGGAGUUCAAGAAACAGAACGGGCCUUUCCUCGUGAUUGUACCGCUGUCGACGCUGACCAACUGGGUCAACGAGUUCAACAAGUGGGCUCCCUCGGUCUCGAUGCUCGUCUACAAGGGUACUCCCAACGUGCGAAAGCAACUCACGGGCCGCCUCCGCUCUAUGAACUUCCAGGUGCUGCUCACCACCUACGAGUACAUCAUCAAGGACAAGCACCUGCUCAGCAAGAUCAAAUGGGUGCACAUGAUCAUCGACGAGGGUCAUCGUAUGAAGAAUACGCAGUCGAAGCUCACGCUCACGCUCACGCAGUUCUACGUCAGUCGAUACCGACUCCUCUUGACGGGCACGCCGCUGCAGAACAACUUGCCAGAGCUGUGGGCGCUGCUCAACUUUGUGCUGCCUAGGAUCUUCAACUCGGUCAAGAGCUUCGACGAGUGGUUCAACACGCCUUUCACCAAUACAGGCAACGAGGGCGGCAUGAUGCUCAACGAAGAAGAGGCGCUGCUGAUCAUCAAGCGUCUGCACAAAGUGCUGCGACCCUUCUUGCUGCGUCGUCUCAAGAAGGAUGUGGCUUCUGAGCUUCCGGACAAGGUCGAAAAGGUGAUCAAGUGCAAGAUGAGCGCGCUCCAGCUCAAGCUCUACCAACAGAUGAAGAAGCACAAGAUGAUCUUGUCGGGCGAGGACAACAGCACUGCGGGCAAGAAGGCCAAGCCGCAAGGUAUCCGAGGUCUGCAGAACGCUAUCAUGCAGCUGCGUAAGAUUUGCAACCACCCGUACGUCUUUGAACAGGUCGAGUUGGCCAUCAACCCCACCAAGGAGAACGGACCUGAUCUGUACCGAGUGGCGGGCAAAUUUGAGCUGCUCGACAGGCUGCUUCCCAAGCUGUUUGCCACCAAGCAUCGCGUUCUCAUCUUCUUCCAGAUGACGGCCAUCAUGGACAUUAUGGAGGACUUUUUGCGAUACCGAGGGUUCAAGUACCUCCGUCUCGAUGGUUCCACCAAGCCGGACGACCGAUCACAGCUGCUCAAGCUUUUCAACGCGCCAGGAUCCGACUACUUUGUUUUCAUUCUCUCGACGCGAGCUGGUGGUCUCGGUCUCAACUUGCAGUCCGCCGAUACCGUCAUAAUUUACGAUUCGGAUUGGAAUCCUCACCAAGAUUUGCAAGCACAGGAUCGUGCGCAUCGUAUCGGUCAAAAGAUGGAGGUGCGUAUCUUGCGUCUGGUCACCGAAAAGUCGGUGGAGGAGACCAUUCUCGCCAGAGCGCAGGAUAAGCUCGAGAUCGAAGGCAAGGUCAUCCAAGCCGGUAAAUUCGACAACCAGGCUACUGCCGACGAGCGAGAACUGCUGCUCCGAGCCAUGCUGGAAGCCGACAACGACGAUGAAGACGAGGACGACGGCGAGUUCAACGACGAUGAGCUCAACCAGCUGCUGGCUCGUGGCGAACACGAAGUGCCCAUCUUCCAGCAGAUCGACGCUGAGCGCCAGCAAGCCGACGCCGAAUUCUGGAAGUCGCAUGGCUACAAGGGCAAGCUGCCUGAACGGCUCAUGCAGGAGAACGAGCUGCCCACCGUCUAUCAGCAAGACUUCGACGCCGACAAUGUGCUGGCCGAAGAAGCGGAAGAGGAGCAGCCGUCCACGCGAAGGAGGAACGUUGUACACUACGACGAUGGCCUGACCGAGGAUCAGUUCUUGCGAGCUCUCGAAGACGACGAUGUGGACCUGAACGACAUCGUCGAGCGCAAGCGCGAGCGUAUCGAGAAGCGUCGAGCCAAGGCCAUGAUGCAGGCCGUGGAUUCGACCGAAGGCACGCCCGAGGUCGAGGGCGGCAGACGCAAGAAGGGUGUUGGUCGUGGUCGCGGUCUUGGGGGAGCAAGCGAGACGCCAGAGCCGUCGCCUGGACCCUCGGGUCGCAAGCGAAAGCGUUUCGGCGGUGCUUCCAUGGAUGGCUCCCCCGACUACGAGGAGAGCCCGUCUGCUGCUCGCAUUGCGCAGCCCAAGCGUCGCAAGACCGGCGGCGAAGACGAAGUCCGCGACCGCAUCAAGUGGGCCCUCAACCAGUGCUAUCGCGCCGUCGAGACGUGCUUGGAGCCCGAAACCGGUCGCAAGCGCUGCCUGCUUUUCCUGGACGUGCCCAAGAAGAGCGACUAUCCGGACUACCACGUGAUCAUCGAAAAGCCCAUCGCGAUGCGUCAGAUCAAACGCCGCAUCGACAACCGCACCUUCCGCCGUGUCGAUACGUGUCGCGACGAAUUCCACCUCAUGGUGCGCAACGCCAAGACGUACAACCAAGAGGGAUCUUGGGUUUACAACGACGCCGUCGAGCUGCAAAAGGCGUUCGAUACGACGUAUGAUAUGUUGUGUCGGCUGAGCGGCUUACCUGGCUCGGAGAAUGAGGGUGAGGCGCAGGUUGGAGGUGACACGUCUGUCAACGAUACGCACGAUGGAGAUGAUGACGAUAACGAGGGUGGCGAGGAAGAGGAAGAGGAAGAGGAGGAAGAGAAGCCGGUCCCUGCGGCUGCCCCGCGUGGCAUCAAGAUCAAGUUGGGCAAGAGGAGCAAGCCGAUCAAGAAGGGCAAGCGGGACGAGUCGGAUGACGAGGAGUGA